CCUGAGUUUAAGUGUAGUAAAAAUUGUAGACUUGUACACUGGAAAUAAAUAUAUAAAAUGACAAUAUCAAAAGAAUACAGAAUUUGUAUGCCAUUAACAGUGGAUGAGUAUCGCAUUGGUCAAUUGUACAUGAUAAAUAAACACAGUCAUGAGCAGAGUGAGAAGGGUGAAGGUGUAGAAGUUGUACGCAAUGAGCCAUGUCAUGAUCCAGUUCAUGGUGAUGGAAGGUAUACAGAGAAAAGAGUGUACUUAAAUAGCAAACUUCCAACGUGGAUACAAGGUUAUAUACCAAAAAUAUUUUAUGUCACAGAAAAAGCAUCCAACUACUAUCCUUACACUAUCACAGAAUACGAGUGUUCAUUCCUACCAAGAUUUUCUAUACUUGUCAAAACGUGUUACAAAAAUGACAACGGCUGCACACAAAAUGCUUUAGGACUAACUGACGAGGAAUUAUCAAGUAGAGAAAUUCUUUCCAUGGAUAUAGCAUACGAUGAAUUAGCAGAAAAAUAUUACAAGAAGGAAGAGGACUGUAGGUAUUUCAAAUCUGAAAAAACAGAUCGUGGUCCUCUGCAAGAAGGCUGGCGGAUGAGCACCCAGCCGAUCAUGUGUUCGUAUAAACUGGUUAAAAUUGAAUUUAAUGUUUGGGGACUAGCAUAUAGAGUAGAAAGUUACGUACAUUCGGCGGUUAAGGAUAUAUUACUAGCUGGACACAGACAAGCAUUUGCGUGGAUCGAUCAGUGGUAUGAUAUGACGUUGGACGAUGUUCGAAAUUACGAGAAAGAUAUUCAAGAAAAAACUAAUGAAAAAGUGUUAGGUGUAAUUGAAAGUAAAAGCUGAAAGGUAUCAAUGGAGGAGAUCUGUUCACGUUGAGUGUCAUGCACGAUCAACCAAGCUAUAGUGUACAACUGCAUAUAACAACAUAACGAAUUAAUAGAUACGCUAAAACAAUCUCAGGAGGAGAGUGUAAAUACGAAGCGGUAUGUGAGUUGUAUUCGCCUAGUUAAUAAUCAUACUAAAAACUGUUUUGAUAAUUCUAUUGGUUUAUAAUUUAGAAUAUAUUUUAAUUUUAUUUUUUGCACUAUUAUAUUUAAACAUGUUGAAAAUAUUCGCAUAAAAUUUUGAAGUUUUAACUGAUAAUAAUCUUUGACUACCCGUUCACAAUGUUAGUAUUGUGUAUAAGUAGAACAAAAGGGAGAAAGGUCUAGUCAUAACAACGCAACCCCAAAAGUGACUUGUUUAUAAAAUAUCGUCCUUGGUCAAAUACUCAUCAAAUAUUUCAAAAAACAUUUAAAGUGAGUCUAUUGAAUUCUCUUUUUUUGACCGAAUUGUGAAACAAAUAGUGAAAGCAAACUGAAAUUCUUUAUAGAAAACUUUUUAGUUGAUAAAACAUGACCAGGUUGUGUUCACUGCGGAUAGCGUUCGUAUCUCAGGAUUUUUUGAACGGUAAUUAAAGUAUUUUUUGGUGAAGUUUAUAAAAUUUUAGGAUAACAUUUUGUGCCAUAUAUUAUAACAUAAACAUGUUUUAUAAGCACUAUUUAUCUGCGAUUGCAAAUAGAAAUAUUAUUUUCACGUA